AUGGUGUUCAUUGUGAAGCUCCCUGCGCGGGGUAGCGCGCAGCGCGAGGCACAAGAGACCAGGGAGCCCGGAAAGGAGGGCGAGUACGUAGUCAUGACGGAGGGGAUGCCGCAGCCGGCGCCUAGCAUUGUGCAGAGCGCAGCCGGCGUGCACGGCCAGGAACAGGCGCCGACCCAAGUGUUGGAUGUCCAGACGCCGACCAAGACUGGCGCGGGGGCGCAAGCCGAGGGCCCAUUGCCCAGGGCCGAAUUCGAUGCACCACAGGCUGGUGCUGUGCCUGCUACGCCCACGAUGCCGCCAAAGGCACAGGCGUCGCCGCAGCGUGCCCUCGAUAUCCUCCUCGCGCCGUCGGUGCUGCACCAUCGGUACGUGCGCGGCGUCGACAAGUCGGCGAUUGUCGAGCGCCCGGAGCGUAUCCGUGCCGUGCUGCUUGGCAUUGCCGCCGUGUACGGCCAGUGGGACAGCGGCAAGGCGCCCAAGGCCGAGACACCAGACGACCUCGCCGCGAUGCUCUCUGGCAUGGACAUGAACGUCGAGGCACCUGCUGCCGACCUGCGCCUCUUGCUUGCGACGCGCACGCUCCCUCUGGAUGCGUCGGAUCCUGCGCUGGCAUUUGUGCACGCUCACAAGGACGAGCCGGCGCAGUACCCCACGACGACCGACUUUGGCGGCAGCGCCGAGCCGCUCGGCACGUCGCACCUCGCGCGCCUCGCUCAGCUCGGGAGCAUGGCGCCACACGAGGCACCCGGCGCAUCGGUGCGCCCUCCCCGCCGUGCGCCGGUCGGCUCGGAUGGCACGUCGAGCGAUGGCGAAGGCGACGAGCGGAUGCACCCCGCCGAGAUCCCGACAGCGCUCCCUGCGGGUGACCUGUACCUGUGCGGCCCCCAUGCAUCCGGCGCAUCGGACGACCGCGACGGCGGCUCGCGCGAGGCGAUCUGCCACGCGCUCGGCGCGUCCGUCGAGGCCGUGGACCGUGUCGUGGCCGGUGCCCAAGCGUCUGUGCCCACGCUCACCUCGCUCGAGCUGCGCCCGGUGCCGAGCACCUCGCUCACAGACGCGCAGCCGCCGCGUGCCGUGCCCCACCUGCCUGCGAAACGCGCAUUUGUCCUGUCGCGCCCGCCUGGACACCACUGCAGCGGCAACGAUCCCCAAGGCUUCUGCUGGGUGAACAAUGUCGCGGUCGCUGCGGCGCACGCACAUGCGCAGCACGGCAUCGACCGAGUGAUUGUGCUGGACAUUGACCUGCACCACGGUAACGGAACGCAGACGCUCGCGUGGCGCAUCAACGCCGACGCCGUCAAGGCGGACGCCGACCGCGCCGCGCGCCUGCAGGCGCUGCGGCGGCAGACGCGCUCCGCCCGUACGGCCAAAGGCGACAAGCGCCCGGCGUGGGAGCAGUACCUCGAGGACGAGGCGCUGGUCGGCCGCCGUGCGCUGCGCAUGUGCUAUACGAGUCUGCACGACAUUGAGAGCUUCCCAUGUGAAGACGGCGACCCCGAGCUGGUGAGGAAUGCGAGCGUGUGUGUCGAAGGCGCGCACGGCCAGUGGAUUUGGAAUGUGCACCUCGAGUCGCAUCGUGACGAUACCGAGUUCGACCACCUGUACACCACCAAGUACUCUACGAUCCUCGACAAGGCACGCCGCUUUGCAGCCGCGACGCAGGCGUUUGGCGAGCGGACCAUGAUCAUGAUUUCGUGUGGAUUCGACGCGUGUACGUACGAGUACCCCGGCAUGCAGCGCCACGGCAAGCAUGUGCCCCCGGCGUUCUAUGGACGCUUUGCGAGCGACGCAGCGCGGCUCGCCGACGAGAUCGCCGACGGCAAGCUCAUUUCGCUCCUCGAGGGCGGCUACUCGGACCGCGCGCUCGCGAGCGGCGCCAUGGCGCACAUUGGCGCGCUGGCCGGCCGCCCUCACGAAGGCGGUACCGUGCCGUGGAGCUUGGAGCACCUCGCGCAGCUCGAGCGCAUGGCAAAGAAGGUCGGCGCGGCUGCGAGCCAGGCGGCGUUUACUGCGAGCGUCUCGCGGCGCCGCACGACGAGCCAUCCGGCAUGGCUCGUGCGUGCGUCCGAGCACUUUGCCGCGUUCCAGCGGGCGUGUGGCGUCGAUGCGCGGCCACUUGAAUCGCUUAAUGAGCCCGCGACGCCGCGGCAAGGGAAGAAUCUGCUGCGUGGCCUCGGCAAUGACGUCGACACGCCGACGCGCUCGGUCGCGGGUGGGCACACGCUGCGUGAUCGCACUGUGAUGCGGUCGCGCAGCCAGCACAACCUCGCCGAUGCGACGCCGGCGCGCGUGCGUGCGCGGCCGCCGAUGCCGCGCCGCGACGACGACGUCGAUUCGCCGAAUACCUCGUUCGAGACACCGAUGCAGACGCCGGCGCGGACGCAGGUGUCGCCGACGACGCCACGCAGCGAUCCGUCGCUGCUUGUGCCGGGCGCACUGGCAGUCGAGAGCGUGCCGAGCACGCCAAGCAAGGAUCCACUCGAGGAUCUGCACAAGAUGUCGCUCGGCAGGUAG